UCUGCAGGGCAGGGAUGUGGCACGUUACGAGUUUCAGUGCUCUGGAGGUAAUUCAGUAAUGGGGUGAGACAAACAGGGGGCUCUGAAAGCCUGUGACUAACGCCUUGUCAUACUGCAAGGGGACGGACUCGCUGAAGUCUUUUCCAGGGCUGGUUUUAUCUCCCUCUGACUUGCAGGCUGAAUUCCUCUUCUUUAUUUCAGGCCGGGGAGCGGGGCUGGAGCUGUCACGGGGCUCGUGUGGGGCCAGCAGGGAGCCAGGGAGCGCGGUGCCGGGCUGCCUCGGGCUCUUACAGCUCACCCCGACGCUGUCCCAGCCUGGCGCGUCCCUCUCUGAUGCUCCUCGAGUGAGGUGUUGUCUGGUGGAUGCCCAGAUGGAUCCACCUGGCAGAAUUUUUUGGAAUGAAUGAAAAAACAACCCCAUCCUGCCCCUGAAUUUUGAGCCUGAGAAUGGGAAGAAAAGUUGCUCCGAAAUCACUUAUUUCCAGCCUUGGUGUGUGUGCUGCUGUCUCUAAAAACCUCGGAUUCUGGGUAAACCCUAAAAUAGGUGCCAAAAUACCGAGAGUAAGAGCUGCACGGGAAGCGCUGCCCGGCUGUCGAUGGGCAGGGAGUGCCCUGCCUGGAGCACAGCCUAACAAACAGCCCUUUCUCCUCGAGCCCGUGGGUCUCCCCAGUUGAUAUUUGAUGACUCGGAGGUUUACACCUCUCUCCUGCAGUCUCUCUUGUUGCCUGCCUUUGUUGCAGCUGCCAGCUCCUGCACCUACGGCUUCAGAGCAGCGACUGACUUCUCGGGGGCCAAACGUGGCUGGCAAGGAGGUGGAAGGAACACGUCCUGAUGGCUUUAAACACUGCAAAAACCUAACUUCUGAUAGCAGGCAGGAGAGAGCCUGCCCCAGCCCUUGGCCAGAAGCCCUGAGGGAUAACACAAGCAGGCUCAGCUGCUCCUGAUUUUGUCAGGCAGGGCUAAGUGACUUUUAAAAUCGUUGGCUGCCUUUCUGCUUUGUAGUAGGAAAUGGCCUUUAACUGGAAAUGAACAGUGAUUUCUGCUCGUAGCUGACACCGUGGCUGUCCUGGCAGCCGUGCUGCGGCAUUAUCACACUGGUUUGGCUCUCGGCGUGGCGAAGGAAGCCCCUCAGUGAGCAGUGCACAAACUUUUUCUGCCAGCCCGAACGUGGUGUGUGAUGUGCCGGGGGGCUGAGCUGGCGAGGUGGAGUCAGGGAGGUGCAGGGAUCUGUGCCGGAGUUUGAGGGCGGAAGGUAAAAGUGCUUCGGGCUGCCGGUUCUUGCCACCUGAAAUUGGCAAAGCCAAAUGAUGAGCUGAUGGUGGGGAGGGGACUGAGGGCGCUUUGUGAGCUGGAGCCGUCAUGACUCAAAUCGGCGUCACCGCCGGUCGGCACGAAAUAAAACAAUGGUGAGCUGCCUCCGCAGUGGAAAACGGGCAGGGGCAGAGCCUGACCCUUGUCCCUGGGGCACGUUCGCUUCUUGCUCAGCUUGAGGCAUGUCCUGGGAAGAGGGCUGCUGGAUUUGCCAAGAUUUAUCCGGAUGCAAACGCGGGUGACAGCAGCGCUCCUGCGCCCCUGCUCCUGGCAGCCCUGGCUGUGCAGAACCUGUAGGAGGCUGUAAUGAUCCCCGAAGCCUCCAGGCACUGCUGUGCCAUCAGCUGCGAUUGAACAGCCCUGGCACCGUCGGGUGGAGCUGGUUCUCUGGGGGCUUUUGUGGAUGCAUGGAGUGCCCGAGUCUUUUGGGUGCCGGACAGGAUGCUUCAUACCUCGACGAGCUUUCCAACAACAACUCCCUCUUCUCAUCCCCUGCGGAUUCCCUCUCUGACAUCGCGGAUCCGAAGGACUUCUUGCCCACGGACAGCCUGAACCACGUGCCAACACUAUGGGAUGUAAACACGUCGCAGCAGAACCAAAUAGAGCUGUUCUCACCCAGCAGAUCAUUUGGCGGCUUGAACAGCUCCAACGACCCCGUUCCUGCUGUCCCCAACACCCCGCUCCUCAUAAGCUACCAGUCUCAGGCUCCUGCAGAGGAGGAUGAUGAAGGUGAUGAGGAAGAAACAGAAGAGUUGGGACAAACGGAGACCUAUGCAGAAUACAUACCUUCAAAGUCCAAGAUUGGGAAGCACCACCCUGACCUCGUGGUUGAAACGAGCACUCUGUCCAGCGUCCCCCCACCCGACAUCACCUACAGCCUUUCCCUGCCUUGCUCUGUUGCCGACAAAGGGUCACUCUCUGCACUACAGCUGGAAGCAAUCAUUUAUGCCUGCCAGCAACACGAAGUUUUAUUACCCAAUGGGCAGCGAGCUGGGUUCCUCAUUGGGGACGGUGCUGGAGUUGGAAAGGGCAGGACGGUUGCGGGCAUCAUCUUUGAAAAUUAUCUUAAAGGGAGGAAAAAAGCUCUGUGGUUCAGCGUCUCCAAUGAUCUCAAGUAUGAUGCUGAGAGAGACCUGAAGGACAUUGAAGCCUCCCACAUUCCUGUGCAUGCUUUGAAUAAGAUUAAAUACGGUGACACAGCUACCUCAGAAGGAGUCCUCUUUGCCACUUACUCUGCUCUGAUUGGUGAAAGCCAGGCAGGCGGACAGCACAGAACGCGCUUAAAACAAAUUUUGGACUGGUGCAGGGAAAAUUUUGAUGGAGUUAUUGUGUUUGAUGAAUGCCACAAAGCCAAAAACGCCAGCUCUACUAAAAUGGGCAAAGCAGUGCUGGACCUCCAGAACAAACUGCCUCAAGCAAGGGUUGUUUACGCCAGUGCCACAGGUGCCUCUGAGCCAAAAAACAUGAUUUACAUGAGCCGCCUGGGGAUUUGGGGGGAGGGCACCCCAUUCAGAGCAUUUGAUGAGUUCCUGCAUGCAAUUGAAAAGAGGGGAGUCGGUGCAAUGGAGAUCGUGGCGAUGGACAUGAAGGUCAGUGGAAUGUACAUUGCCAGGCAGCUCAGUUUCACUGGGGUGACCUUCAGAAUCGAGGAGAUCCCGCUGGAUCAGCAGUACAAGAUUGUCUACGACAAAGCAGCAAAGUUGUGGGCAGAGGCCUUGAUGGUGUUCCAGCAGGCAGCCGACUGGAUCGGCCUGGAGUCUCGGAAAUCCUUGUGGGGUCAGUUCUGGUCAGCUCACCAGCGCUUCUUCAAGUACCUCUGCAUUGCUGCUAAAGUCCGGCGACUCGUGGAGCUUGCCAAGGAGGAGCUGGCAAAGGAUAAGUGUAUCGUCAUCGGCCUGCAGUCCACUGGGGAGGCUCGCACCAGAGAAGUCCUGGACGAGAACGACGGGCACCUGAAUUGUUUCGUUUCUGCUGCAGAAGGCGUCUUUCUAUCACUAAUUCAGAAGCACUUUCCUUCAACCAAAAGAAAGAGAGAAAAAGGAACUGGCAUUAAAAGAAAACGCAAGAUGAGGGGCCGCUGCGCCAAGGCGCUGAAGGGCAUGUGUGACCCCGCGGGGGUGAUCAAGAUCAGCGACGACAGCAGCACGGACUCCGACAUGGGCCUGGACAGCGACUUCAACUCCUCCCCGGAGUCCGUGUUCGAGACGGACGAUGUCAUCUUCGUGGAGCACACCUACAACGGCUUCACAGCCGAGGACAGAAGUAAUUUUCACAUGCUGCCUUCCCAGAAAGAGAUGCAUGGCCUGAGAGAACUAGAACACGUGGAAAAGAUGAAGCAGGACCUCCUAGCAAAAGUAAAAGCACUGGGCAAAGAGCUACCUCUCAAUACCUUGGAUGAACUCAUCAAUCACUUCGGGGGCCCGGAGCACGUGGCUGAGAUGACGGGGCGGAAGGGCCGAGUGGUUUGCAGGCCGGACGGCUCGGUCAUGUUCGAGUCUCGUGCAGAGCAGGGCCUCUCUAUCGACCACGUCAACCUGAAGGAGAAGGAGCGUUUCAUGAACGGGGAGAAGCUUGUAGCAAUAAUCUCCGAGGCUUCCAGCUCAGGUAUCUCUCUCCAAGCAGACAGACGGGUGAAAAACCAGAAGCGCCGGGUGCACAUGACGCUGGAGUUGCCCUGGAGCGCAGACCGGGCCAUCCAGCAGUUCGGUCGAACGCACCGAUCGAACCAGGUUUAUGCUCCAGAGUAUGUCUUCCUUAUCUCUGAGCUGGCUGGGGAGAGGAGGUUUGCAUCCAUCGUGGCAAAGCGUCUGGAGAGUCUAGGUGCCUUAACUCAUGGAGACCGAAGGGCCACCGAAUCCCGAGACCUCAGCAAGUACAACUUCGAGAAUAAGUAUGGGGCUAAAGCACUGGACAGAGUCCUUUCCACUAUCCUCAACCGCACGGAGAACAAAGUUCCUGUGCCUAAGAGUUACGACAGAAGAGAGGCUGUGUUUUUCCAUGAAAUGAAGCAAGGUCUCAUCUCUGUGGGCAUCUGCUGCAAUCAGAUGAAGUAUGGCACUGUCCCGAUGGAGAAGGACUGCUCCAUCACCAAGUUCCUGAACCGGAUCCUGGGGCUGGAGGUGGACAAGCAGAACAUGCUGUUCCAGUAUUUCUCUGAUACCUUUGACUAUCUGAUUGAAAAGGACAAGAAGGAGGGCAAAUACGACAUGGGCAUCCUAGAUUUAGCCCCAGGAGUGGAUGAGAUCUACGAGGAGAGCAAGGAGGUCUUCCUGACCCCUGGGCACCCGCAGGAUGGGCAGGUCGUGUUUUAUAAGAUCAGCGUCGACAGGGGCCUAAAGUGGGAGGAAGCUUAUGAGAAGUCGCUCAAACUGACGGGAUCCUUUGAUGGGUUCUACCUCUCCUACAAGACGCGGGGCAGCAAGCACACCUGCCUGCUGGCAGAGCAGAGCCGUGGCAAGAACUUCAUCCUCUACAAGCCCAAUAUUGGGAAGCAGAGCCAGCCCGAGAGCCUGGACAGUCUGCACAAGAAGUACCGACGGGUGCUGCCCGAGGAGGCCAAGGAACACUGGGAGAGCUGUUACCAAUUCUCCUUGAAGAAGUGCAACCACGCUGUCUGGAACAGGAGCUGCAAGCUGAUCCAGGAGGGGAAGGAGUGCUUCCAGGGCAUGCGGCUGCGUCACUACUACAUGCUGUGCGGGGCCCUGCUGCGGGUCUGGAGCAAGAUUGCCAGCAUCAUGGCAGACAUCACCAACACCAGCUACCUGCAGAUCGUCCGCCUCAAGACCAAGGAGAAGAAGAAACAAGUCGGGAUAAAGAUCCCAGAGAGCUGUGUCCGUAAGGUGCUGGAGGAGCUGAAGCAGAUGGACGAGAACGUGAAGAGGAAGCACAACCGCCUCCUCCAGGCACAGGAGCAGAGCCCGCAGUUCUCCCUGCCGCUGCACGUCCUGCAGCAGCCCCUGGACCUCACGCAGAGCGGGGCCGGGGUCCCCCUGCCCAGGCACUCCCUGCGCCAGGACGAGAUCCUGGACCUGACCUACAGCCCUCCCAGCAACAGCAUUCCCGACGUGGUGAUGAACCCAGAGCCCGGCGCUCUGUGCUUCCCCUCGGAGCCUGUGCUCCAGCCCCACCAGCAGCACGGAUUGCCCUUUGGCUUCAGCCACCUUUCUGCCUUCAAGAGCCCCGACCCCGUCCUGGAGGGGAGCGUGCCCCUGAGCUCCUCGCUGCAUGAACAUCUGCCUCUGCCUCACCCCGGACCCUUGCAGACACUGCAGCAGCAGCAGCAGCAGGAAGAUUUUGUCCAGCAGGACGGGAAUAUCAAUUUCAGAGAGAUCCUGGAGGACAUGCUGAGGACGUUAAAUGGGGCCCCCCAAGACAACAUGCUCCCCCAGGAGCGCCAGAGCGUGAUCCAGUUCAGCGGGCCCUUCCCAGACUUCUGAGAGCCUGCCGGGUGCGCCAGGCGCUGCCCAGCCGCUGUGGAUCCAUAUCCUUUGGUGCAGAGAUGAGAGCUGGGGAGCCCUGGCUCUCCUACUGGUUUGGACUGAUCCGUUUCUGGUUUUGAGGGAAGAAAACAAAAAUCCUAUAAAGCAAAGUUUAUUUAUAUAUAAUAUACAGUCAGGCAUGUAUAGAUUUGUAUAUAACACGCUUGGGGGAGUCGAGUGCUGCCAGGUUCAGCUGAUCUGGACUGAUCUGCUGUGUCCGGGUCCUGCUCCAAGGUCAGAGCCGUGCAGGACUGAGGGGAGGCUCCCCCUCCUCGCUGCCCACCCCCCUGCAGACUACUGAGUUUCCAAGCCGGGCCGAGCCUUCCCCAGCCCUCCAGCCCUGAGCUCUGCAGCCACUGCCCCCCCUUGAGCUGGGCAGGAGCACGUCGGCUCCAACAGAGCUGGAGACCUCUGGCUGACUGCUGGCUGACCUGCCUCGGCUGGUGCCAGCUCUUCCAGCAGCCCUGCGGUGCUGUGGGCUGAAGGGAAGGUGGUGCUGGCCCAGCAGGGUCAGGAUCCACGGAGAUCCCGUCCCUCUGUGCAGGGCUGAGCAGGCGCAGAGGGAAGCAGAGCUGCCUGCUCCUGCUCUGCCCUCCCCAGGGAUGGCAGAUGCUGGCGCCUCCGGGCUGCCUGAGCGCUGCAGGAGGGGGCAGGAGCUGGCCCUCUGGUGCUGCCUCGUUUGUCAGCAUCCCGACAGAGCUUUCAGCAUCCCGACAGAGCUGCUGAGUCAGUCGGAGCUUGGCUGCACCGGGACCCCGUGGGGAUUGCCCAGAGCCUGCAGCCCCUGGCCAGCCCACACUUCAUCCUGGCUGCGCUUCUCCCAGCUUCUCGCUGCCGUGCCCUGUCCCUGUACCCAGCCAGCUCCCCCUGCCCGGGCCCUGCUGGUCCCAGUGAGCGCCGCUGCCCGGCCCCAAAGGGAAGAUUUCCCUGGGGAGCACCAGGGCCGCGCGGUAUCGCUGCUCAUGCUGCAAACCCAACCUCUGAUACCAAAGAGCAAAGGUCUGCUUUGCAAAGCACUGCCCCAGGCAGCCCGCCUGCCUCUCCCGCAGCACCCGGCCGGCGGGGCCGGGCCCGCUGCCUUCCCCCCGGGACAGAGGUCGCCUCCGGCCUCCUCUGCCACCACCCCUGCCCCAGCAGCAUCGCGCCUCGGCGGGUCCCGGGGAAAUUCUUUUGUUUUCUCUGCCUAACCUAAGGAGCCUGCUGGGAAGCUGCCUUGCUGGCAGGAGUGCUGCUGCCGGGUUUUUCUCUGCCUCGAGUCACCGAGGUGUUCCUGGGAGCUGCACCAGGGCGCUUCCAGGGGAAGGACGCGAGAGCGAGACCUUCCCCAGCUGGCCCGGCCCUUCCUCAGCGAGGACCUGGGGAGGGAGGCCCAGCCCGGAGAGGCCUCUGCCAGGGUCCCCCUGCCCAGUACAGGGUAAGUCAUGAUGGGGCUGGAGCUCCGUGUGCCUGGAUGAGCCCCUCGCCCAGGCAGGGAGCUGCGACCCCCCUGGCUGCAGGACCAUCCAGGCACCCCGUUUGCUUCAGGUCACUGGGGGCAGGAGCUGUGAGACCGCUCCCUGCCCUUCGUGUGGGGGCUUCUCCUUCCCCCAGCUGCCAUCGCCUCCCAGCAGCGCUUCGCCCCGCUGUUUUACCGUGCGAGGGAACCUCCUUACCUCACAGCCCGCACCAAAGAGGGGAGCCCCCGGCUGCUGCCCCGGGAGCUGCUGCGUCUCAGGGUGAGCAGCAGCCUGUUCGAGUCCUGAGCAGAGCAAGGGCAGGGCUCUCCCCUUCCCCAGCCUCUAUUUAAGAUAUUUCCUGAUUCACAACACAUGUCCCGGUUCGCUCGCUUGGCGCUUGCUGAAUCCUCGGCGCCGAGGGGAAGGGCUGCCGAGGAAACCCAGUUCAGAGAGGCUUCAACUCAGGAAUCGCCACGAGGGGUUCUCGCUCCAGGCACCCUCCGCCAGCCCCUUCGCCACCACGGCCCCGAGGCUGACCCGGUGGCUCUCACGGAUGGUUUUGAAAUAUAUGCAAUUUUCCCUCCCUGAUUUCUGGAGAGACAGAGCACCUUCAAGGAAGUCCUUCCCCGCCCCGAUCCUGUGUUUUUGUCAGGGUUAAUAAUAUGUAACGAUAUCUUUUAACUAAAUUAUUAUGCAGUCGUCCUACUGAUUGUAUGUAUUUUUAAAUGAGUCCCUUUUCUCCUUCCCUUACACCUUUUUGUUAGCACUUUUUAAUCCGCUUGUUGUUUGCCUUUGUUUUUCUAUGUGUAUUUAUAAUUAAUUGAGAUGUAUAUAUGUAAAGAGAUUUUUUUAGAAUAUGUGCCUUCGACUAAUAAUUCCUGAAUUUUCUACUUGCUUCGGAAGGAUCGUUUUUUCAUUCUGCUCAGUAAAAAUGGAAAGCGAAGCCACGUUACGGCGGUUUCUGGAA